AUGGCCAAGCAAAGAAUAUCAUCAUUGUUCUUGGCCAUUAUUGUAUUAAUUCUCGUUGCAAGUGUCUCCUUCUCCACUGCUCGUAAUUACCAGCCAACGUGGGAUACACGAUCCCCUACGCUUAACUGUGUAGCACCAUCUCCGUCACCAAAACCGGCUCCUAGUCCUUCACCUUAUCCUGAUGAUGUGAUCAAGGGUGGCUAUUGGCCUUCAUGGCUAGCUUAUAGUCUCCCACCAUCCUCAAUCCCUACCUUGUACUUCACACAUGUGUUUUAUGCUUUUGUUGGCAUUGAUGCUUCUUCUUACGGUUUGUCCAUCACCCAACCUGAUGCUCAGUGGAUGGGAAACUUUACAGCCACCCUUCAUGCCAAAAAGCCACUGGCACAAGCCUUGUUAGCGAUUGGAGGAGCGAAUUCCGGUUCCGGUAUUUUUUCCAAGAUGGUCAGUAACCCUGAUAAUCGUGCCGCUUUCAUAAAAUCCACCAUUGCUACGGCAAGGAAAUAUGGCUUUGAUGGACUUGACAUUGAUUGGGAGUUUCCUAAUAACCCAACUGACAUGUCGAACCUUGAGGUUUUCUUCAAAGAAUGGCGUGAGGCUGUUGAGAGUGAGGCUUCGGCUUCUAGCAAGCCUCCUCUUCUUUUAAGUGCUGCUGUUUAUUUCGCUUCAAGCUUUUUCUUAGAUCUGCCUAGAACAUACCCUACUGAUGCCAUUGCAAAAUACCUUGAUUUUGUAAAUCCUAUGUGCUUUGAUUACCAUGGAAGUUGGGACACUUCAGUCACUGGUGAACAUGCUCUACUCUACGACAAAACUAGCAAUAUAAGCACAAGUUAUGGUAUAUCAUCAUGGAUUGAAGCUGGUGUCCCUCCAAAGAAGCUGGUUAUGGGGAUGCCACUUUAUGGAAAAUCGUGGGAGCUGAAACACCCCAAAAACCAUGGGAUCGGAGCGCCUGCUAAUGGUGUCGGGCCGGGAAACAAUGGCAUAAUGUUGUACAGUGAUAUUGUAAAAUACAAUGAUGAACACUAUGCCCAUGUAGUGUAUGACGGAGAUACUGUAUCGGAAUAUUCGUACUCGGGAACCGAUUGGAUCGGUUAUGAUGGACCGACAUCUGUGGAAAAGAAGGUUGAGUAUGCUAAGACUCAGAAUCUUGGGGGUUACUUCUUUUGGGCCCUUGGAUAUGACAUGAACUGGACACUUUCAGGAAUUGCAUCAAAUACAUGGGAACGAAUGCACUAGAAGCCACCUGAAGUUGGAAAUCGUACCAAAUAUUCGCAAUUUAUUCUGGAGCUUUCAUGGAGAUUUAUUCAUCUGAACGCAGCUGGAGCCUUA